CGUGUGGAUGUGGCACUUGGGGACGUGGGUUAGUGGUGGCUUUGGCAAUGCUGGGGGAAUGGCUGGGCUUGAUGAUUCCAGAGAUCUUUUCCAACCUAAAUGAUCCCAUGAUUCUAUGAUUCAUGAUUCCUAAAACCUUACUCUGGCCACUUGUGGACGGGGUGAAUCUCAAUUUGUCAACUCAGCUUGAAAACCCAACUCCAUCUUUGGUUUCUCCUCCAUCCCCACCUGUUGGUGGUUAUUUGUCCACCAAAACCACUGGACUAAUGGGAUGCUCAGGAUCCAGCCAAACCCUCCUGUUCUCCACCUACACCCCCCUCAUCCCACAGAGCUCUCCUGGCUGGGGGCUGGGUGGGCUGGGGGGCAGGACAGAGUUGUGGGUCCCACAGAGACGUCAGGGAUGCUCCUGGGGUCAAGUGAGAGCAGGAGGGGUCCCAGGGGAGCCCGGCAGCCCGGCCCCAGCACGGCUCCACCAUGUGCAUCUCCUCCAGGGGCAGCAGCCAACCUUCCCUGGUGUGUCCCGUUCCCUGGUGUGUCCUGUUCCCUGUGUGUCCCAUUCCCUGUGUGUCCCGUUCCCUGGUGUGUCCCAUUCCCUGUGUGUCCCGUUCCCUGGUGUGUCCCAUUCCCUGUGUGUCCCGUUCCCUGCUGUGUCCCGUUCCCUGGUGUGUCCCGUUCCCUGCUGUGUCCCAUUCCCUGGUGUGUCCCAUUCCCUGUGUGUCCCGUUCCCUGCUGUGUCCCGUUCCCUGGUGUGUCCCGUUCCCUGCUGUGUCCCAUUCCCUGUGUGUCCCGUUCCCUGGUGUGUCCCGUUCGUUCUCUGGUGUGUCCCAUUCCCUGUGUGUCCCGUUCCCUGGUGUGUCCCAUUCCCUGGUGUGUCCCAUUCCCUGUGUGUCCCGUUCCCUGGUGUGUCCCAUUCCCUGGUGUGUCCCAUUCCCUGGUGUGUCCCAUUCCCUGGUGUGUCCCGCUUCCCUGGAUAUCCAAGGCACUCGCACAAACAAAACAAAGGAGCUCCGUCUCUCUGGAGACACGUCCCAAACACAGAGCCAGGCCAGGCCAGGAUGGGGCUGGAUGCACUGAAUCACUCAACCAGCUGGAGCUGAAGCCAUUUGGGUCGAACAUUCACACUGGCCCCCGGCCACCACCUUAUCUUGCCUUUCCUUUGCUCUACCUCAGCUCAACCUCUGCCUUGCAGUUGCUUUCAGAUGAAGUUUUUGGGCUUGGUGGUGGCACCUGCUCACUCAGAGUCACCUCAGGAAUCCGCUGGGUUGGGUUUAUUCCUAUUUAUUAUGAUGUCAUUUUUUAUUCCUGGCUAAUUUUUAUUGCAGCUGAACACGGAGGACAGAAAACAGCAUUAGCAGAGCUUUGCUGAGCUAUUAAUGUUCCCCGUGGGCGCAGAGGGAAUUUAGACACUCAACAAGUGUAUAAAGGGGGUCCAUAAAACGUGCCUGGGCCGUUGCAGGGGGGGCAGCACCGAGGGGCUCGUGGGGGCUGCCCACCUCCAUGUGCGGGCGAGGGCUCAGAGCAGCUCCGGCUUAGCAAGGCCGGGCCCAAGGGACCUUCCUGCAGGAUGACAUCAGUAGCAUGAGGAUGCUGAGUGUACUGUCUGGGAAUCUCGGAGACGAGGGGAUUUUUUUUAUUUUUUUUUUCCUGUGAGAUUAUGUGUGUGAUAAAAUAUGUCCUGGGGCUGCCUGCAGGAAGGGAUGUGCUACAAAAGCCACGGCGCCUGGUUUUCCAGUACCUGGGAAUUGGGAACCUCGGGUGCUGAGGCGGCUUUGGGGCUAGGUUAGGGCUUCUCCAUGUCCCUGCCCACUUGGUACCUGGGCUUGCUGUGGGUAGGGACCCCUGGCAGGGACGGGGGGGUGCUUUCUUCUGCCAAAUAGGGUUAGAACUGCCCCACUCGUGUUCCCUGAAUCCCUGUGCUCUUCUCCAGGGAUGUGCUGAAGGUGCUGUGCCCUCCUGGGGGUCCUGCACCCUCAGGGACUGGCCCAUGGCUCUGGCAGGGGCUGGGGUGCCAUGGGGAGGCUUGGCUGGUUCUACAGAUGGGUUCCACUGUGAGGAUCCUCGGGACCAUAAGAAGUUCCUCCAGAGGGACUUUAUCCAUGUUGUCCCUUUCUCCUUGUCCCUGCUCCUACUGUUUGGGUGUUGCUUUGAGCAGCUCUGGGAUGCAGCUUUGUAUGGCAACAAAACCUGGCAUUUCCAAGCAUUCCUGACAGGGGAUUAUACUCCAAAAGGGAGAAUGAGGUGGGAGAGGGAGCAGAGGGGAUGCAGCCGGGAGCCUUCCCAGUGCUGUGGGAGAAUGUGGAGCUCAGUCUCCAAGGACUGAGGGAGUGAGCCCGAGUCCAGUGGGGAUGGGUGAGGGCUGGAGGUGGAAGGAGAGGACUUUGCUGUUCAGCUCUGCUCUGGUUCUGGUGUGCAAAGCAGGAAGAAAAGGGGGGGGAAGAGAUCAGGACAGGAACUUUCCCCGUGGGGACAACCUGCCCUGCACAGACGUUCGCCCGCGGGCUGGGGGGAGGCAAAGAGGAUCCGGUUCCUAAACUGGAAAAUGGAGGCCUGGCCCUGGGCAGCUGGGGAUUAGCUGGGGGGAUGUGUGGAAGGAGGUGAAGCGUCGGUGGAGAUCACAGGGACAUAGUUGAGCCCCAGCCAGGCUGGGCAGACAGACUCCACCUCUGAAAGAACCGCAGCGUGUCGCGCUUGGCAGCGCCGCUCCCGCUGGCAGCCCCUCCAACUGGCUCCAAGUGAGCUCCUUGGAGCAGCCAGAGGAACCUCUGGACCCAGGAUGGGACAAGAGGAAGGAGCAGGACCCCCAUCAUUUUUGGUGUGGGCGUUGGGUCUGUCCUGCAAGGGCAGGAGCACCUGAACGGGUGGGAGAAGGGACUGAGCUGAGCAUCACCCUCACCCCUGGGGCAGAGUUCAAGGAGACCCAAAUCAUGGCCCUUCCUCUCUUCAGAGGGCAUUUCAGGAUGGAGGAGGGAAACUGGGACAGUUUGCCCAGUUCCCAAACCAGCCUUGGUGCCCACUGAGCUUGCCCAAGGAUUUUGGCUGCUGGGAAGGGAUGCUCAGAGGGACUGGUUUUUCCAACCAGCUGAGCCCAGGGUGUGCUGAGCAGUGAACCUUCUUUACACUCCCCCCCCCCCCCUAUUUACUCUGAUUCACCAUUUUAUCCAAAACAAGAGAAAUUUUAAUAUGGGGAAAAAGCAGAAUUCUAACAUCAGUGAGAAUCUUUAGUAAAUCAGUCAGAUCCCCCAUCAUCCCCCAGCACAGAGGAGGCUGGAGCUGCUCCAAAACUCCAGUUUUAACCAAAAGAAGCUAAAAAGAAACAAACAAAACCACCAAAAAAACACUUGGCCGUGGUUUUUGUCGCCCCUUCCCCCUCCUUUUUGAUCGUCUCUGUCUUGUACUACCCUGGUCUAGGCAGAUAACCGAGGAUCUCACCCAGCUUUUCAAAGUAGCUGGAGGAAGAAAGCAGCCUUUGUGAGGGGCUUUCUGAAGGUCUCUGUUCUGGGAAGGUUGGAAAUAGCACAAAAACAUCCUUUCUCACUAUAUUGUGUCGCUUCCAGCUCUAAGCUCCACCACGACCCAGAUGUUUAGAUGCUGAUGCUGAAAAGGAAAAUAAGAGCCAUGGGGAGAAAGCCAGGAGAGGGGGGGAUCUGGGUGGAACUGGCUUCCAGAAACCUGCACUGCUUUGGUACAGUGUCUUUAGUUUAGAAACAGGGAAGAGAACUAGAGAAGACUCAGAGAUUGUGAAUUAAUAUCUUAAUUGGUACAAUGAUGACCAACUGCCCAUCUCCUUAUCUUCAACCCUAUAGUUUAAUUUUAAGACAAUGUGUUCAGCCUUAAAUAUGUUGAGGAUUUGGUGCUAUCAAGCAUUUUUGCUGGUUUUUGAUCCCAUUUUCCCUUUUUCGCUGCAUUGCUCCCAAGUUUUCCCAGUCUUUGGACAAUUAUUGGUGUGGGUUUAUUGCUCUGCUUUUAAAAUUGUCAUUAUCCAGGAGGAGGAGGAGGGACCUCCUCGGGUGGCUGUAUGGAAUAACUCUGUUCUUACCUAAUUGAUUGGACAAGGGAAGUUAAGUGUGAAACCCUUCCUUAUUGUCCGUGUCCUCUCUCUAAUUAUCCCAGCUCGGCAAGAACAUCCCAAAUGUGCAGGACAGGCCCUCUCUGCUUGUUCUGCCUCAGCAGGAAUUUCUCCAAACCUCCAGGCUGCUAAUCCAGCCCUUCCAGAGGGGUCUGGGCGCGGGAUUUUGCAGGCAGACAGAGCCGAGCUGAUGUGGGAAGGGGGUGACCCCCACCCCCUCCCAUCCUGUGUCUGUGUCUGUCCAGCUGCUGGGACGUGUGUCCAGCUGGAUUUUGUGCUGGGAUCAGACCGAGUGCACCCAGAUGUUGGUGGGGGAGGAGGCUGUGGCACCGCUGUCCCCCCAUCCCGACAGCUGCCCUGGGCACAGGGGUGUUGGGGAGAGGGGGGCAAGGCACCAUCUCCCACCCAUCCUGAACCCACUGCUGCCAGAGCACAGGUUGUCCUGGCCAAGGCCUGGAGCAGGAGGUGGGAGCUGAACUCAUCCCUGCUCUGGCAGAGGAGCCAGACGAGCUGCUCCGGCGCUGAUUCCUUGGAGCUGAGCUCCCACGCCUGGCCCCGCGCUCGGCCCGGGGUCCUGCGGCCACCUCUGCAGAGGGGAGAGGGGACAUUCCCAUCCUACGCUCUCCUGCCUUCUCGGAGAGAUCAGGACAGAGAUUGGGGUGGUUGAAAAGCAGAGCCUGGAGCCUGCAGAGCUUGGGAGCUGGAGCGACAAGGCUGAUGAAAGUCUGCUGUGGCAGCAACCAGAUGGGGCCGGCUGGGAGCAGGAGCUGGGGCUGGACACCGGGAAGGUGUCCUGGGAGGGUCCCCGGGCACCUGCGCGGGGUGACAGGCACGUCCCUGGGAGGGGGUUAUUGCAGGGACGGGCUGUGGGUCCCUGGUUCCAGGACCAUCCCACUGCCCGGCUGCUCCACAGGCUGCGGGCUCUGUGUGGGUGCCGGGGCUCAGCUGCCCCAGGCAGGACACCCCCACUUUGGGGCUUUGGGGACACGUCUGUGCCCGUGUUUGCUGCAGGUCCCUCACCGUCACACUGUCCCCGAGCUCCCUCAGUGCCACCCCCGCUUCUCCGGGCUGGAGACCCGCACGGUUCCUCCCCAUCCCACCCGCACUCCCUGCCUCCCUCCCUCCCUGCCUCCCUUUUCCCUGCUCGUGCCUAAUUCAAUUUGCUGCUCCCCGAACAGCUCCCCAUAGCUUGACCAUUAACAAAUGGACUUGGCCGGAGGCCUGGGCGACCAUUUGGAUGCUGAAGCUGCUGCCAGGCGGGCCCGGGCACCCGCGAGCCGGCGGCACUGCCAGCACCCCGCGCUGGCAUCCCGGAGAGCUGCCAAAUCCCGGCGGGGCCGCUGCCAGCUCCGGGAGAAAGGGGCGAGGGAGCCGCACACAAAGAGGGGUUUAUAGCCCGGCCGGGCACCUGACACGGGGAGGAGGGAGGGCUGAGACGUGCUUAGCCCCGAUAAUCCUCGGGUUGAGUUUAAUAUAUUAUUUUAUUUUUUUUUUAAUCAAAAGCGCAGCAACAGCUGGGGCUGAGGCUUUCCAGGAGAUGAACUCAUGAACAACUGUUCAAAAUAACUUUAUUCGUGCUGCUAUUAGAUCAGUGCACUGGGGAGCCACCAAUUAUUUGUGAUUACUCGAGGCAGAUAAGGCUGGGGCAGAGCCCAGAACUGUGAGGGAUCGAGGGCACCUCGUGGUUUGGAUGUUUUAGGUGGGCAGGUCACGGGCACCCAGCACCCACGGGAGCCCCUGGCACCCAUGGGAACCCCCAGCACCCAUGGGAACCCCCAGCACCAUCCAAGCUCCCCCCAUGGUGCUCAGGGAUCAUCCUGGGGGAAGCACAGCUGGGGGGUUGCAGGUGGGCAACACGUGGACGUGCAGGAGGCUCUCGGGAUGAAGGGAUGUUUGCAGGCAGAUCUGUGCCAUUUCAGCCUAAAAACCAAUUAGCAGUGGUGCUGCAGGGCUAAUUAGCCUGUCCAAAGCUGGUCUGUCCAUCUCUUUCAUGAACCCCAGAGCCAGCACAGCAUCAGCUCAGGGAAAGCUGUGGGAUUUGGGGCAGGACAGGUCCCUACCCAGGGAUGCCCACCCCGGGGUCUGAGCAGGGCAGUGCCCACCCACUCACCCUGACCCCAUCCCACAGACCAACCUUAAACCCCUCAGCCAGCUGAGGCCAGUGCUGGGCAUUUUCCCUUUCCAACAUGACAUCAGGCACAAACCUGAGCACGGGCCGUGUUUGCCAGCAGGAAAAUCUCCCAAGGGAACCAAAGGUGGAAGCUAAACCAUGAAAAACUGGGCUGCAGGGCCCAGGCUGCUCUGGCCAGCAGACAGACUGCAUGAGCUAAUAGGUCUUUUCCAUUUCUUGCUCCUGUGAUUCAAGAAGUCUCGUCACCGGGGAGUUUUUAAAAAUAGCCCUGGAUGAAACAGAAGACGGGGGAUGAGGGACCAGGCCUGCCUUGGCUGGGAGGCAGCUCGGGCUAACAGGACUUUUCCAUCGGGCUGUUCCAUGAUUAAUCGAGACAAGAAAAGAAAAAGAAGAAGGAAAUUGAUAAACACAAUGGUAAUUCCAUCCAGGGCUUGCCUUAGUCAGGUUAUUAGAAUCCUGACAUCAUGUCUUGAAAAGAGGACUGGAAAUAAAUCUCUGGGAGAUAAGAUCUGCUGGCUGGGGGCGGGGAGGUGCACCAGGCUGAUGGGGCCAUCUUGGGGGUCCCCUCCCCAAAAAGCUGUUUCUCCCACUUUUGCUGGGUCUCAAACCAGCAACAGGAACAUGUGGCUUCCAUGGAAACCUAACACCUUCUUCUGCCUGCACUCCUCGGCUCGUCCUGCUAAAAUCACCCUCCACACCCCAACGAAAGCAUUCCUGAAGGAAUCUCCAGCUCCCUCGGAGGACAAGGAGGAUGAGAAGGACAAGGUCUGUGGACAUUGGAUCCUGUCAUGGAGCAAGUCCUGAGUGCCCUUCUCCAGGCUCGGGUACAAUCAGGUGUCCCAUUCCCUGUUCUCCAUCUCUCCAACCUCGUGGCUCCUCAGACACUGCCCAGGCUUGGAAGAAGCUCCCCAUGAGCAACCUGGUCCAGUGUCCCUGCCCAUGGCAGAGGGGUGGAAUGAGAGGAGCUUUAAGGUCUCUCCCAACCCAAACCAUUCCAUGAUUCAGCAAAAAUUCCUCUUUUUUCCUCCUGAAACCGGUUCUGCAAACUUCCAUGCCAGGAAAGCACCUCUCCAGGAGUCUCCAUCGUGGGGAGAGUGUGGGAAGAUCCACCUGCAGAGCCAGAGGGAUCCCAGCACUCCGAGGAUGUUCCCUCCCUCCAGCCCCAGGCUCAGCACAUUCUCCUCAGAAGCCAAGGGAACCCCAGCUUGCCCCUGGUGGAGGAGGAGCCAGUGGGAUGAAUCCUACCCCAAAGAGUUGGCAGAUUUCAUCAUUUUAUGAUGUCCACGCCAACUUUCAUCGUGAGUGAAGGCCCAGCUCUUUUUUUGUGUUUGUUUUGUGGCUCUGUGAAGACAUAAAUCAGCCAACCUUGGUUCACGGAAUCAUGGAAUAUGCUGAGUGGGAAGGGACCUGUCAGGAUCAACUCUUGGCCCAAGGAUCACUCCAGGACAUGUCAGUGUGCUCCAAUGGCUGUUUGCUCUCCAGCUCUGGUGCUUUCCAGCCCACCAGAACGAGUCCCACCAAUGCCCUCCAGUGCAAACCCCAGAGCUCAGAGAGCUGAGGACACGCCAGAAGGUUUGGCACGGCCCAGGGACGGGAGCCAGGGUGAGGACAGCGGGGCAAAGACUGGAUAAAGCUCAUGGGAUGGCUGAUUUGCUGCCUUGAUGGCCUUUUCUUCCUGCAAACGUGUGUGGAAGGGCAGGAGGUGUGUGAGCACCCACCUGUCCAUGGGCAGGGGGUUGGAGGGGACCCUUCCAGCCGCUCGGAGAGAGAGCGGCUCCGGCUGCCGACACCUCCUGGCAGGAGGCCUUUCAAUUGCUCCAUGUCUGUGUGCUGGAAAGCAAGACCUGCUGAGAUGAAACCCUCUGGCCUCCUCCCCCCGUCUCCAAGGCAAACACAGACAGUUCUGUUCCUACCCCGAGAAAUCCAUAUUUCAGCCUUGGACUCCCUUUGUGUGGGCUUUGUUUCAUCCAGCGCCAUGGAGCUUGGAUGGCUUUUGCAGCUCAUAUUGUGCUUUGGAUGCAGCCUCCUCUCUCCAGCCCUCUUGCUGCCUCCAUAAAGAAUAACAGCAGCCGGUGGUGUGUUUUCCCUGGAUCACAGGCUGCUGGAAACCGAAGGGAAACGUUGCUGGAAGAGGGAGAGGGCCGGUGGGACGCUGCCGGAUCCUUCUCCCCAGCAGAGCUGCAGCCUGGGCUGUUUGGCUUUCCCAGGCCUUCAUGGUGAGCAACAAAUUGUCCUAUAAAAAUUCUUGCCUUGAAUUUUAUUUUUCUAAGGAGACAGGCCCAACUUGGGAACUUGGGACUUAAAUCUCCCCCUUAAAGGGAUGGCAAAGUCCAAGAUAGAAGCCAUGGUGCUGAAAUCCAGCGGGAUCUUCAGGUUCUGCCUCCCUCCUUCCCUAAAUCUGCAUCUGAAGCCUCUUUUUCUGGCUGUGGAGGAAGAAAACCUUGCAAGGACAUUUCAGCUUCUCUUGCAGGCUGGCUACCAGUGUUCCAAGGAGGAGAGGGAGGAAUAACCAACAUUUCCGGCCAUCGGCUGCUCGCACAGCCCCCGGGAGCUCCUCAGGAAGGUUUUUAAAGGAAUAUUUAUGGAUGAUCCCGGUGAAUCAGGCCCUAAAAGGAAAACUGAGCACAGGAGGAGGGAUGGUUUGGUGGAAGAGCAUCCUGGGGUUUCUACUCUCAGAGCCUUUUCCUGAGACAUGAGUCACUUAAAAGCCUCCUGUAGACUCACUGAUAAGAGAAACUCCCUCGAGGUGAGCCCGGGUCUGUCCUUCAGCGUGUUUAUGUAAAGUACCUUUGGAACACAUUUAUUCCACGGAAUGUGUGGAGGAGAUAAGGCCACACGUGCCCUCUGAGCCUGUUUCUUUCAGUGCAAUGUCUUGAGGUUUAUCUGAGUGUGCCUGAGAUCAGAGUUUGCCAGAAAAAGAGAAAAUCAGGGUGUUCUGUCAAAACUACAGGUUUGACAUAAUCCCCAAGGUUUGAACUUCUUGGGAGUUUUGGUGCCCAUCCUGCUCCCAGAAGGGACCAGCAGGCUCCUGCAGCUCCCAGCACCUCCCAGUGGAUGAUGGUGUUUUCCCAGUGUCUCCUGGCCAUGGUGGUGGGUGGGUAGGCCCAAGCUGAUGAUGGAUGGGGCCCAUGGGGUCCCUGGGGCUGUUGGAUCCAGCACUGCAACAACAGGGUCAACAGUAGAGACACUUUAUUGAUGUCAGUGAAUGUCCACUGUGCUCAGCUGCCAUCCUGAGGGCCCAGCUGUAGGAUCAGUGGACAGAGUCCCCAGAACUGUUGGAUUUGGGUCUCCUUCCAUAAGCACGGGGUGGUUCCAGAGUAACUGAGGCUGUGCAUGGGGCAGUUUGAUGUGCAGGGCUGUGUGGGUGCAGAGGUGUCCAUGAGGGCUCCAGUAAUGAUUUCCUGGGAGAAGCACCUCUUUUUCAGAGGUGAUGUGCCUAAUAGAUGGAAAACACCAGGGACAACCAGGUGGUAAAAAGAAAGUGCUUCCUUCUUAUCCUAAGCCAUCCCCCCUUCUCAGCACACAUCUGGUGUUUCUACACCAGAAGAACCUUCUCACACAUGUUCAUCCAUGAGCAAAAUCCUCCAGGGAGAAACUGCUCUGACUCAGCUCCUCUGCUCAGCUCUGUGUGCACUUGGCACGAGACAGGAGGUGAAGAGCUCAGCCCAGGCAGAGCAAACCUGUCCUCCAAGGCCUGAGAUGCAGCAGAUCCUCCAAGGCCGGAGAGGCAGCAGGCGGGAAGACGCUGGUUUUUUGCCCGAUGAGCAGAUCUCCAGCUGUUCUGCCCCAUCCUCCUGGGACGGGGACAAAGGAGGGGGUGCAAAGCCACAAUGACUUCACCAGCAGCACAAGGAUAGGAUGGUGUCCAGCUGAUCCUUGCGAAACACCCUCUGGAGUGUGCUGGCUGUGGGAACUGUGCCCAGCUCCGUGUCCUGCCAUCGCGGCGUCCUCGCCUGAGUCACUUCUAACCCAAUACUGAGUUGUUACCACUGGCAUCAAAAAAGGGGUUUUUUUGCUUUUCAGUGACUUCACAAAUCCAAGACACUGCCAACUAUCCCCCCUUCACAGCAUUUAAAACAUCAACACUUCCCUCCCAAAUGAAAAGGGAGUCAAAGGUCCUGUGCUUCCCUGUGCCCCUUGCUCUCCCACAGCAGGGAUGUGGGGGUUGGCCUUUUAGGAAGCCUCCUCUGCUCCACUGAACUGUAUUUGCAAUUUAGGACUGUGGCCUUGUGAUCCUGCACCCAGUGUGUGCAGUGGGACGUGGGGACAGGUCUGGUGGGGAGCCUGGUUUAGCUGUUCCCUGGGUUUGCCACAACAGCUCAGGAGCUACUGGGGGACAGUUGAAUUUGGUCCAUGGCCACAGCACCAAGCCUGCCAGAGUUCAAGAAGCAUUUGGACAGUACUCUGGGGCCCAUGGUGUGACCCUUGGGAUGGUCCUGUGCAAGGCCAGGAGCUGGACUCAGUGAUCCAACUCUGUGAUCCUGCAAUUCCCAGUCUGCCCAGUCCAGAGGUGUUCACCCUUGGAGUAGGUGCUCCAACUCUUCCCUCUUAACUCCCACGUGUUUCCAACAUCCCUGUUAAAAAGAAACCUCCAUCUCUCCCCCUCAUUUCCCUUUCUCUGAGACUCUGCUUGGAGCUUGCACAAGCCUUGCCCAACAACAACCCUGGCGCCCGUCCCGGCGUGGCCGUCGUGACUCCUGCGCAGGGAGGGCAAAGGCUGUGCUCGUGCUAGUUUUGGGGCAGAUUUCGCUCACCUCUGGCACCUCUCCCUCCUCACUGCUCCCAAAUUUCCAGGGUUCCCCUCUCUCUCCAGCUUUCCCUCCUUCUGGGCUCACCUCUGCCUCUCAGAGGCCUCGUCCCCGGGAAGCCGCAGCGAAACGUGGCACAGACAAAGCCAGAAAACCACCAGGGAGUUCAGGGAGUUUUCCUUCCUUGCUCUGCUUCCUUUGGGAUGGCAUUAAAAUGCAGCAGAGGAUGAGACCUGGGUCCUGCUCUGGUUGUGGAGGAUUUUUCCACUGGCACAAAAAAGGGUUCUGAGAAUUCUUUUUUACAAAGGAAAACACAGAGACCACGGCCACGGGGGCUGGAGGGCUCAGCCUGGGCUCCUUGCUCUAGGAACCAGCCCUUAGGUCAGUGGUGGAUAAUCAAAACUGGGGAGGAAACCAAGGGUCUGGUGCCCAGCUGGUGCAAAUUAGUCAAAUUGUUAAGAUUUUAAUGAGUUUGACAACCGAAAUCGCCUGUGCUGGUAAUUCCCUUGCAUGCUCCUGGGGAGAGGCAUUGUAAGAAGAAGAAGGGCAAGUUGUUCCUCUUGGAAAUCCUUUCACCUUCUUUAUGCAGAGAGGAAAAAUAUCAGGGAAGCUGAGCUCUGGAUGGUCUCUGUGGGUUGGAGGAACUUUGAGACAAGGAUCUGGCUUGGCUCUGUGGUGGUAUUAGGGAGUAGGAUUUUCUCCCUAUCCAAGUAGGGUAAAUCAGGAGGAAAAUGUACUGAAGUGGUGGAAAUGAGCCAUCAGCCCAGCAGAACAGCCUGUGCCGUGGGGAAACAGCAGCAGGAGAGGUCCUGGGGGGCUGGAAAGGGAGAUUUGACCCUGCUCCGAGGCUCUGGCCAGCCUGGGAAUGCACUAUCCUAUUAUUCUGGGAUUCUGUGACCCUGCAGGUUUGCACGAGCUCCAGGAGCAACCCAGUGGGGCAGCUGGAGCCUCCUGGCAUGGGGGAAUCCCUGCUGGCUGUGCCCUGCCCAGGACAAGGGACAUCAUUUGGGGUCAGCUCUGGUAAGUCACAAAACCCCCAGGGCUGGGACCCCAACUCCAGUUCAAGACACGGGGACCCCCAUCAACAAUGAUGUGUUAAAUCAGCAGAAAAACUGCUUUCCUCUCUCUUUGGAUUCCUUGUCCUGCUUGCAGGAAUCAGGGACCCUUCCCUCCACUGGGGAGCCAGAAAGCUCCCCAGUCUCGGCCAACCUUUUGUCUUGGUACAGCCCUGGCCUUUGUGCUCUGUAUUAAUUUAAGAUGCUGUGAAGUGAGAGCUGUGGGGGUGGGAGAUGCUGUCUAAAACUUGUUCAGAGCCUUUGCUGGGUAAAUCCCCGUGGAAUUUCAUUUAAACGAGCUGACACCAGUAUGAAUCAUGCCAGCAUUACCCGCUCUCCAGCACUUCCUACCGACUGCCUGCAGGGCUCUUGCUUUUUCAAGUGAAGACUAAAAGCAUCUAAAACUGUUUAAGACCCCAAAGUCUUAAAAUAAUAGGUUGGGUUUUUUGGUUUUUUUUUUUUGUUUUCACUGUGGAAGAAACAACAUCUGCUAUAAAAAUCUGCUGGCCAGGGGCAGUGGGAGCGGAUACCACUUAUCAGGGGUUGGAAAGUGCCUCAGCCCCGGGCCUCAUGAUCCCAAAGUGGUGUCUCAUCUGUCUGCAAGCUGGACAGAUUAGAUGUACACAGAGAGGAUGGAGAAGUAGGGAUAAAAGAAAGGACAUGGGGAAUUCAGUGGAAGGAGGAAGGAAAUGAAAGCAAGACUUCCAGGAAAGGGAAGGAGACAACACUGUAUUUAUAAAUACGUACCUGGGCUUAAGUGAAGGCUCCUAAAAGCUGCUGGGACACAGUCAGGCUGCUUUGGAAUAAAAUCCACGAGGUAGAGUGUCUGUUCCCAGGAUUUAACUGAAGAGUGACAUCUCUUCAGAGGCAGGAAAGUGGUCAGGAGUAAGCAUGAAACAUGUAAGAUUGCAGAAUUCAAAAGGAUAAACAUUAUUUGAUACCUUAUUUAUAGGGCACCACAGGGGAAAGGUAAAGGUUUCAGAAAAGAAAGAAGCACUUUAAUUUUAUCUGGAGAUUUUCCAACAAUAAAAUCUAAUCCAUCAUUCUCCGUGUGUGACUGCUCUUAAUGAAAAUUUAGAGGCUGUGAGUGAAAUUUAGAAUUCCCAGGGGAUACUAUUAGGAAGAUGUCUAGCAGCUAUGCAAAACCUGUUAGAUCAGAGCCCUGCCAAGGGCCGGGAAGAGUGGAGUGUGAAAGGACAGCUUUUAAUUCCAUGUGCCGAGGCUCUGCAGGGCCCAGCCUUCCUCUCCUGGGUGGCAGCAGCACUCCUGGGAUGGCUCCCACCAGGAGCAGCUCACUGGGGGAUUUCAAAGAGACAAGACUUGGCCCAUUUAUAUUUAUUUUUCCCCUAAAGAUCCUCCAUGGUGACGAGAGUGGUUGAUCUCCUCUCCUCUCCCCUCCUCUCCAGGUUUCUUGCCCAAAUUUAGUGAUCACAGUUAGGAGCUUUCCAAAAAGCAGAGAGUGAACCUAUUUCAUCAGAGAAUCAUGGAAUGGGUUGGGUUGGAAAGGACUUUAAAGAUCAUCCUGUUCCAUGGGCAAGGACACCUUCCACCAGAUCAGGAUCAAACUUUGGACACCUCAGCCCAUCUUGGAGCUGCACAGAGCCACAAAGUGCCUCUCAGCCUGACCCCAAGAUGAGCCCCAGCCUCGUGCAACAUCAAAAAACCAAGACCCCGUGGAAUGUGUGACCUUUCAUGGCAGAUGAUUUCCAAUCAUAGGACUCCGUUGGAUCUGAGUAAUUAAGGACAAGACAGGCCUGAAAGUGCUCUGCCUGCAGACACAGGAGGAGCCUACAGAGUUCCCUGUUCCCAAAAGCAGGGCUGUGAGAUCUGAGAGCACGGGCAGCACGGCCGGGUCGUUCCUGCCUCAGCUCCAGCGGGAACGUCCUUGCUCCGAGGCUGGAAGGUGGGUGAGGAAAGGGUCAAAACACAUCCCCCCAACUGCAGGAGGAGAAGAAUGUUGGCAGAGCAAACCUUGCCACAGGAAUAAAAGCUUGUCCUGCCUGUUCAUAUUACUCCACGCAGGGUGAGUAAAACUGUCGGUGGGAGUGAAGCGUCUGAUACACAAAAGGGAAUAAAAACUCAUUAAAGGGCUGAAAGAAAACCCUGUUAAAAUACCGAAUAUACAAUGGAGGAGACUUGAUCACCCUCGUGCUGGAGGAGUGUCAGGCUUUGAAGGAAUCUGAUUUUUUUUCCCCCUGAAAGCAGCGGAAAUGCGCUCUGUGGGGAGCCAGGUGGGAUGAGGGGCAGGUAGAGUGUCAAAGAGCACUGAUAAUAUUUCAGGGCCACGCUCGGAGCCUGAAAUACGAAGGGGAUUUAUUCAGCUUGCUGUGGGGAGGGGAGUGAUAGCAGAUUUUUGAAGGAAUUCCAAUGUGGUUCAUACUCGUCUGGUUCUUAAAUCCAGAGCCCUCGGCCGCUGCUGUGCCGGGUAGGAGCAUCUCCACUGCUCCCCACAGCCCACAGGGAAUCAGCACUGGUGGCUCCUCGGGGUGCUCCUGCCCUGGCCUGGCUCUUGUCCCCCUGAAAAAAACAAAACAAAGAACUUUUUAGAGGGCCUGAACUACCCUGAGAACCCUCUUUCUCACAGCAUCCUGAUUCUGCUUUAUGUGGUCUUGGGGAAGGGAAGAAAUUACAAAGGAAAAGAGUAAAGGAACCACCUCAGUCCUCUUAGUGCUGGAAUGAUGGAGCCUGGUUUCCAAUAGAUUUGUGCCUCAGGGCUGAUGGACCUUUAAACCAAACUAAACUGUGGCUAUGGCAGGAUUUCACCCCUUUUUAUACACCAGAAAAGUGGUGGGGAAAAAGACAUGAUUAAUACCUCACCCAGAGCAAUUCUUGCCUGGUCAUCCACCCAGAGUCUUCUUUUUGGGUGUUUUCCCCUGUGUGGACUUUUUAGUAUCUCAUAGGUAUGAAUGCUACCAAGACUUUUCCAUGGUUUGGGAAUUUUUGUCCCUUUUCUUCCUGGAUUUGAAGCUUUCUGGUUGUGGUUUCUCUCUCACACACGCACAAAUCUUUUGUAACAACCUUUAUAGGGGUGUGUUAACUUUAGGAUUUCUAUCUGUUGUCCAUUUGGUUGAACUUGGCACCAGAAUUCAGUAAUUCCAUGGGGCUGGGGCUGUCAGGGGAACAUUCCCUCAUCCAUGGGAUAUUACCACAGAAUAGUGCCUCACAAAAUCAGGGUUCAAGGAAAACCCUGUUGCUAAUUUAGAUGGAAUAAACCACUAAUGCAGGCCCUGAGCUUAACCCAUUUUCCCUGCUCUGCUACCAUUUUCCUCCUGCACAGGGAGGUGAGUUUUUGUCUCAACCCCUCCUCCUCGAUCCAGCUUUUUUUGGACAGCAAGGCUGAUUUCCUCCCAUCUCAGCAACACCAGGUACAAACAGGGCCCGUCAUUCCCUCACAGGCACAUUAUAAUCACCUAAGUCCUGUUUCCUUCUGAAACCUGAGCAGAGCUGGUUCCACAAAGCCCAUUGCAAUGCACCGAGGGGCUCUUCAAAGGUGGAAAAGGGGGAAGCCUGUCCUCAGCUUCCCAUGGAAAGUCUGUCCAUGAACAGAGGCAACGAAUCUGCAGAGACGCUGAGGCAAGCGAGGAAACACCACAGCCCUUUUCCAAAAGCUCAGUUACAUGAAUCUCUUUUACAUUUGCAGCUCUGAACAUCGUUUUUGGGGCCAAACGUGCCCAGGGGCCACGACGUGUGGGACUGCAGGUUUCAAUCCUCAGAGCCUUUUCCAGUCAACUGAUCCAUCCCAAACCUUUCAGCAGGUACAAACAGGCCUUUGCCUUCCAGCAGGAUGAAGCAGCAGUAAAUAUAAAUGGGACAUGGAAAGCGUUUGGAACAGACAUUUUAAUGGUCUGUUCGCUGUUGCGGUCGGAGGGAAAUUCCCUUCGAGCUCAGGAGCAGGUGGGGAGAAAUCCACUCCUCUGCCCCUCAUCUGAUCAUUCCCAGGGAGCAGAAGUCUUCUGUGCCUCCAGUUAAUGCCCCAGCCUGGUCCUGAGUGCUCCUGGAAGCACAGAUGUGGGAAUUACCUGUAAAAUAAACCAAGAGCAGGGCAGGGGCCUGUGGAGAACGGCCUGAAGCUUUAAUGACACCUGGAAUUGUGUAUUCCCUCCUUGAUGUUCCACCUCCCAGCCUGCAGCUAAUUAUUCUCUAUAUUCCACUUGAUUUUGAGAUGGCCAGAGGCAAGAACAUGGCAGUUUGUGCUGAGGGGAUGGGAAAGGUGUUGUUCUCCUGCUGAAACAGGAGCAGAAGGAUAUUUUUGCCUUUCCAGGUGUGUUUUGAGGUGUUUCUGGUGCUUUCCUGUGAGAGUGGGGAGGCCCUGGCACAGGUUACCCAGAGAAGCUGUGGCUGCCCCAGCCCUGGAAGUGUCCAAGGCCAGGUUGGACGGGGCUUGGAGCAACCUGGGCUAGUGGAAGGUGUCCCUGCCCAUGGCAGGGGGUGGGAUUGAGAUGGGCUAUAAGAUCCCUCCCAACCCAAACCAUUCCAUGAUUUGAUGAUUCCAUUAUGUCAGCCUGGGACCUUGAGCUUGGCUGUGUCUGGGCACAAACCCCACCAUGGCAGAGCAGACCGAGCUCAGGCGACGUGGAAUUCAACCAACAUAUUUUACACCCACGCCACUAAAAAUAAGACGCCGACGCCAACUCUUCAUCUGGGAAGAGGAACCACCGGUGUUGCUGCGCCUUGGAUGAGGCUCAGCACUCAGGCCCUGACCAUAUUUAGCCAUAAGAUCAUCUCACAGGACUUCACAGAAUCAUGGAAUCACAGACUGGUUUGGGUUGGGAGGGACCUUAAAGCUCAUCCAGCUCCAACCCCCUGCCAUGGGCAGGAAACCAGGAAUUCUGCAGGAGAGUGGAGCUUUAGAGAAAAUUAUUCUGGCCCAGCGCCAGCUCUGCCUUUUAUUAUUUUCCCCUGUUAUCUCCAGACUUCAUUUCACCCCCUAAAUUGCUGCAUUGAGUUCCCCAAGGUUUCUAAAACGCUGCCAUGCUACGGAGGGGGCUACAGGGAGGAAAUUCUGUCUCCCCAAAAUGCCCCACACAGCUGAAAUCAGGCCACCUAUUUAGGUGUCAGGUUCAGGUUUUGUCAUUGUAAGCGCAGAAACUUGAAACAUUUUGCCCAAAUGUGUUGAAAGCCACGAAGACAUUAAAGAUUAUUCAUGGAAUAAAUA